AUGUCGGCUUCACAUGGUCCACGCGAUUAUGAUCACCUUUUCAAGUUAUUGAUUAUUGGUGAUAGCGGAGUGGGCAAAAGUAGUCUUUUACUCAGAUUUGCUGAUAAUACUUUUUCGCCAAAUUAUAUUACAACUAUUGGUGUAGAUUUUAAAAUUAGAACAGUUAAUGUAAAUGGACAACGAGUUAAAUUGCAAAUUUGGGAUACCGCUGGACAAGAACGAUUUCGUACUAUAACAUCAACAUAUUAUCGUGGUACACAUGGUGUUAUUGUCGUUUACGAGGUUACAAGUGGAGAUUCAUUCAGUAACGUAAAGCGGUGGCUGCAUGAAAUUGAUACUAAUUGCGAAAAUGUAAAGAAAGUUCUUGUGGGGAAUAAAGCAGAUGAUCCCGAUCGGCGGGUUGUGCUCGAAGCAGAUGCACAUCGUUUCGCUGACACAAUGAAAAUACCAUUCUUUGAGACUUCUGCCAAGGAAAAUAUCAAUGUUGAAGAAAUGUUCAAUUGUAUAACCAGUCUAGUAUUGGAAGCAAAACUUCAGUCUCCACCACAAAAUCUGGUGGAUCGAGGUGUUCGGCUAGGUGAUUAUGGCGUUAAACGAGAAGAGAAGAGAAAGUGCUGUUAA